CCCAAUCAUCUUACAAGGGUUACCAACUCGGCGCGAAUUUAACACGAUUCCUUGUAAGCAAUUUUCUACGUAGAAACAAUUGAAUUUCUUUCUUUAAUAAAAUUUCAACGUUCCCGUAAUGUUAUAAGGAAUUUUUUGGGACCAUUUGAAAGUAUCCUUUCGCGUAAGAAAUAGCACGUAGGCAAUUAGAAGUCGCGCUGUAUUUCCGCUGAUAAAACGCGAACACAAUCCGAUCAAUAAGUGGAAGCAGACUUUAUUUUAUCAAGUAGAAUUCAUUCAGUCAGUGGACACCCGCAACGACACAUUAUGUAUCGGUAAUCAGAAUUUUCUACGAAGCACAGUUUCUUGCUUUUCACCUCUAAGUUGAACUAUCGCAUUGUUUGGCUCAUUUAAUAUACCAAAGAAAUGGCAUCAAUAGAAGAAAGUUGGGAAGAGGCAACUGGAUCUUUAGAUAGAGAAGUCUGUGAUACAUGGUUCACAAAAUUACAGGAGGUUUAUUCAGAAGAAAAGCGUACCUAUCAUAAUCUAGACUCUCUACGCGAGAAGUUAAAUUGUUACUAUGAGAUCAAAGAUAAUUUAAAGAAUCCUCAAGCUGUGCUUCUUGCCUUAUUCUUUCAAAACUUCGAAUACGAUCCCAAAGCUUUAGAUGGUGAAAACAAGAAUUUAGAGCAUUUUAAUACAUUUGCAGAUGAAGCUGACAUUGGUGAAGAAUUAAGAGAGGAAGCUAGUGAACUUCUCAAAGUAGCAGCAACGCAUAGUACGGAUGCUCAUAAAAUUGGAGGUGCCUUUGGUGGUGAAGAUGCUCAUUACUUUUUAGAUUUGGAUAUGGCUGUGUUAGGAUCAUCCCCAGAAAGCUAUGCAGAAUACAGGGAGAAGAUACGGGGAGAAUAUUCUUUCUUGAGUGAGCCAAUGUACACUGCUUUACGUUUGAAGGUGCUGCAGAAUUUUGUGCAAAUACCAAAUAUUUUUGCCUCAAAGGAAUUUCGCGAGAAAUAUGAGGAGCAAGCACGUCAAAACAUACAAGCUGAGGUUGAAUUGUUAUCUUAGAAGAGUUAAUGAAUUUUCGGUAUUGGGAAAUGUAUCUUUAUAAAUUUUGUGAUCAGAUAUAUUCAUUAUUUAAUUAUAAGGAAAGCUAAGAUUCCGGUUGGCACAGAACGCUUUUACUGUGUCCGUAGCAUUUGAUUUUGAUGUAGACUAAAGUAGCACAAAUGUAUAUUUUGAGUAUUAGUAUUUAAAGUGAUUUAUGUCAAAGUACUAACAAUGUAUAGUAUUACUAGACAAAGCAAGAUACAUUCGUGUCUUAUAUUUAGCAUUAAAACUGUCCAAUUCGUUU